AAAUAUGGCGGCCAAGUGCCCGCAGCGCUGCAGCCGCGGGCCUCUUUGCACUUAGCAACUUAAUAGCUGCCCUUGUUGGGCUCUUUUGUGGAGGAUCACCUCAGGGCAAAGCCCGUGGGGCAGCCAGGUCCGGGGAAAACAGCCCGGGGCCGCGGGGGCCGAACUAGCACGGACCGGAAGUUCCGCGGCCGCGCUGUCCGGCGGAGCUGUUGGCCGCGGACGCCGGAAGUGGCCAGUCGGCAGGUCUCAGGCGGCGCCCUGAGUGUGGACCGUCCCUAGAGCGGGAGGCGACAUGGAUCCCGGGGCGGCCGAGCUGUAUGACCAGGCCCUUCUGGGCAUCUUGCAGCACGUGGGCAACGUCCAGGACUUCCUGCGCGUUCUCUUUGGCUUCCUCUACCGCAAGACAGACUUCUAUCGCUUGCUGCGCCACCCGUCGGAUCGCAUGGGCUUCCCGCCCGGGGCCGCGCAGGCCCUGGUGCUGCAGGUAUUUAAAACCUUUGACCACAUGGCCCGUCAGGAUGAUGAGAAGAGAAGGCAGGAACUUGAAGAGAAAAUCAGAAGAAAGGAAGAAGAAGAGGCCAAGAUUGUGUCAGCUGCUACAGCUGAGAAGGAGCCAGUCCCAGUACCAGUUCAGGAAAUAGAGAUUGACUCCACCACAGAAUUGGGUGGGCGUCAGGAAGUAGAGAAAGUGCAGCCUCCAGGCCCACAGGCCACUGUGAAGGAAAUGGCUCCUGGCUCAGAGGAGGCAGUAGCUCCAGGAGCAGUUGCUGGUGCUGCUGAAAUCCCUGGGGAACCACCAGCUCUUCCCAGGUGGUCUGAGUGAGCCUGAUCUAUCAGCUGAAAGCCUGAAGAGCACAGCAGAGCUCCCCUGAAGUAGAAGAAAUUUCUCCGAUGGACAGCAGCAGAACUCAAUUUCUGGAGAGUUCCACAUUGGCCUGCCAUGUGGAUUUCAGACUGGCCUAGCCAGCCCCCACAAUCAUGUAAGC